GUAAAACUGAGACGGGAAUAAUCUCUUUUUGAUCUUUAUGUACUGUCGUAUCAACUUUUAGUUAAUACCCAUAUAAUCAUAUUAAUAAUUUAUUCAGAGACUCUUGUGAAAGCAUCAAUGUUCAAUUAAUGUCGAAGCAUCGGUGUCCUUUAGAGAUGAAGCUCAUUUGUUUGACUUUGCUGAUUAUUAGAGGAAUUACAGAUUCAAGAUCAGAGCAGUAUGAAGUCGUGGGAGCUGCAGGUCCUGUGCUUGCUGUAGCUGGUGAAGAUGUGAUUCUGCCCUGUUCAGUCAAACCCAGCAUCAGUGUUGUGGACAUGAGAGUGGAGUGGUUUAGACUUGAUCUGAGAGACUCACAACUAGUGCAUCUCUAUGAGGAUCAUGUAGACAAAAACACAGAUCAGAUUCAGUCCUACAGAGGAACAGAACUGAUCCAUCAAGAACUACAGAGAGGAGAUGCAUCACUCAAACUCUCAUCAGUCCGAGUCUCUGAUGAAGGACUUUAUAAGUGUUUUAUUCAGUCCAGAUCCUGGUUUGAUGAUGCCACUGUUAAUGUCAGUGUUGAAGCUGUAGGUCGUCCUCCGGUGAUCACUGUAGAUGGGUUUGAUCAUUCAGGAGGGCUUCAUCUACAGUGUGAAUCUGAAGGUUGGAACCCUGAACCUGAUCUUGAGUGGCUGAACAGUGAAGGAGUCGGUUUGAGUUCAGAAACAACAGAGAAACACAGAAACACAGAUGGAUUCAGUGUGAAACACACCGUAACUGUAUAUGAGAGAGACAGCAAGAUUCACUGCAGAUUCAGACUGAAGCAUCACAUGCUGGAGACACUGAUAAUCACCACAAGUAACAUGUUUAAUUCUUGGAGGACAUCAGUCAUCAUGAUUUCAGUUUUUGUUGUGCUCGGUGUGAUUGCUGGAAUACUGAUAGCUGUGUUUGCUCAUAAAAACAAAGAACACAUUCAACUGAAGAAUAAACACAGUAAACUACAGAAUGAACACCGUAAACUACAGAAUGAACACCGUAAACUACAGAAUGAACACAGUAAACUACAGAAUGAACACAGUAAACUACAGAAUGAACACCGUAAACUACAGAAUGAACACAGUAAACUGAAGAAUGAGAAGAAGAGAAUACAACAAGAGUUUUCUUUAGAACGUGAUCAACUUUUACAAAGUCUGAAGACAAUUAUACCUAAAGCUCUCACACAUUUAAGAACACACACGGUGAAUGUGAUUCUGGAUGCUGAUACGGCUCAUCCUCGUCUCAUCGUGUCUGAUGAUGGGAAACAAGUGAGAUCUGGAAACACACAAACAGAAGGAGUGGAUCGAGGAAAACACAGAUUUGAUGGAUAUCUUGGUGUUCUUGGGAAGGAGGGAUUCUCCUCGGGGUGUUUCUACUUUGAGGUGCAGGUGACGGGACGAACUGAGUGGGAUUUAGGAGUGGAUCCUGAGAGGAUCGGUGUGUUUGUGGAUUAUGAGAAGGGUCUCGUCUCCUUUUAUGAUGUGAAGUCCAGCUCUCAUAUCUACACUUACACUAAUCAGUCUUUUAAUAAGAAACUCUAUCCAUUUGUUAAACACAUUCAACUUCAGAAUAAACACAGUCAACUACAGAAUGAACACAGUAAACUUCAGAAUGAACACAGUAAACUACAGAAUGAACACAGUAAACUACAGAAUGAACACAGUGAACUACAGAAUGAACACAGUAAACUACAGAAUGAACACAGUGAACUGAAGAAUGAGAAGAAGAGAAUACAACAAGUGAAUGUGAUUCUGGAUGCUGAUACGGCUCAUCCUCGUCUCAUCGUGUCUGAUGAUGGGAAACAAAGAGGAUACUGGAUCGUGGGACGGAGAUAUGAGAGAUAUCGAGCUCGUGGUUCUUCUGCUUGCUCUCUUUCUCUGAGAGUGGAUCCUGAGAGGAUCGGUGUGUUUGUGGAUUAUGAGAAGGGUCUCGUCUCCUUUUAUGAUGUGAAGUCCAGCUCUCAUAUCUACACUUACACUAAUCAGUCUUUUAAUAAGAAACUCUAUCCAUUUGUUAGUUUGGGGUAUCAGUGGAAUGGGGACUCCACUCCACUGAUCAUCUGUGAUGAUUAA